AUGGAGACAGCCUGUACCCUUUCCCUUGCUCUUCCCCCAACCCUUCCCUCUGCCUCCCUUAUAUUUUCUGCAUCUGGUGUCCAUACUCUCAUCCUCCUCAGAGUGAGACUGAACCACUCACUGAUCCUGCUCUCCCUCAUCCACACAGGUCCCUUGCCCAGGCCCUGGCUUUCUGCCAAUCCAGUGCCCUGGAUCACACCUGGCCUGAGGACAUUCCUGCUGUGCCAGGGGACAGUGCGGGAUGUAGUCUUCAUGCUGAGGCGGGAAGGAGAUGAUGGUUUCCUGGCGAUAGCUCCAACAGAUGUUUUUCUGGAGGGAGCUGGACCUGAUGGUUUCCAGAAUAUAACGCAGGCAGGAAACAAGGAAAAGGAACAAGGCAUUUUCCAAGUCCACGAGCCUGGAAACUACAGCUGCAACUAUUACACUAAUACAGAGUAUACGCCCUCUAAGCCCAGUGGUACUGUGACCAUCAAGGAGUAUGUCAUACCUCCACCACCCAUGCUGACUUCUUUAGAAAGUUCCACAGUGGAUGAACCCGAGAUGACCCAAAUGAGCCUUCUGUGUGUGGCUCCUCUGAGUGAUGUUGAAUUCCAACUGAGGCAGGGAGAACGUGAGAUGAAGGUCCUUAUCGUCAGCACCAGCCCAGAGCGAGCCAGCUUCUAUCUGAAACUGUCAGACAUGGGUGACCAUAGCCCUUUCACCUGCCGCUACCGUCUAAACAGAAUGACAGCGUGGUCUGAAGACAGUAAGCCGGUGCAGCUAAUGUGGAGUGAUGAAACUCUACCAGAACCAGUGCUCACUGUAGAGCCCUCACCUCAUCAGAGCUUUGAGCCUGGUUCAACGGUGCAGUUUCGAUGUACCGCGCCCAAGGCUGGCCUACGCUCUGAGGCUGGCCUACGCUUUGGCCUGCAUCUUGAAGACUUGUAUGAUCACAGGCUGCUCCAGACACAAAAGUCUUCUGGUAAUGAAACUGUCUUCCAGCUGCGAAACGUCUCAGCCACAGACUCUGCCAGCUACAGCUGCAUCUAUACUGAACUGACGCCACCCUACUCAGGAUCUGCUCCCAGCGACUUUGUGAUUCUGAGGGUGAACGGGCCACCCCCGCCACCAAAGCUCCAAGCUCUGUGGACAGGUAAAGUGUUUGCUGGUCACGAUGUUGUUCUACGCUGUCAGAGUGAUGUAACCGGGGUCAUCGUGGAGCUGCUGCGUGAUGGCAAAUUUGUGCCCUACAGGAUACUCCGAGUACUGAACAACUACAGUGACCUGGGGCUGCAUUCUGUAGGUCCCCAACAUACAGGGAACUACACCUGCCGUUAUACCUCCUGGUUGCCUGAGCCUGUCCAGUCAGAGCCCAGCAACCCUGUGGAACUCCUAGUAGAAGGUGUGGAUAUGCAGCUUGAAGCUCUAACCAAGCCUAUCUUAGCUUGGAAGGGUCUGUCCCUACCCUACCAGCAGGCCUCAGUGGAGCCUGAGACUGAGGCCUAA